AUGGCUGCAGAACAGAGGAAACUGCUGGAGCAGCUUAUGGGAGCCGACCAGCUCAUUGGUACUGGCGCUCAAGGUCGCAAUACCCAACUCUCCAUCACCGACGCAAAAGUCUGCCGCUCCUACCUGGCCGGGACCUGCCCACAUGAUCUCUUCACCAACACCAAGCAAGACCUGGGACCCUGCCCCAAGGUACACAGUGAGGGCCUGAAGACCGAAUACGAGACUGCAUCCUCGGGUGAAAAGGCGAAAUGGGGCUUCGAAUUCGACUACAUGCGCGACAUGCAGAAGUAUAUUGAUGACUGUGACCGCCGAAUCGACACGGCGCAGCGCCGACUGGAAAAGACGCCGGAUGAGAUUCGGCAGACGAACAACCUGCUCAAACAAAUCGCCGAUCUUGCCAACACGAUCAACACCGGUCUUCUGGAAAUCUCCGUCCUUGGCGAGACAGGCUCUGUCGGAAUGGCCAUGACCGAGAUGCACAAAGUGCGCACAGCAAAGCAACAGAAGGAGACGUACGAGCGGGACCUCAAGAACCUGCAGGAUACCUCGGGCCCCUCUGGUCACCAGAAACUGCAGGUUUGCGACGUCUGUGGCGCCUACCUCAGUCGACUCGACAACGACCGACGACUGGCGGAUCACUUUUUCGGAAAAAUGCACAUGGGAUAUUCGGACAUGCGCAAAACCUUCAAGAAACUGAGCACAGAGCUAAAGGGCCGGCCCCCGCCGGUGCGACACCAUGAAGAAGACGACAACCCUUAUACCAACGGUGGUCGGUCUGGUGGUGGACGUGGUCCCCGGUAUGGUGGUGGCAGCGGUGGAUAUCGGAGACGGGGACGAUGGUGA